AGAAGUAUUCUUCAAAACCAUGUUUUCUGGGCCAGGCGUGGUGGCUCAUGCCUGUAUUCCCAGCACUUCAGGAGGCAGGCGGACCACCUGAAGUCAGUUCGAGAGUAGCCUGGCCAACCUGUCUGUACUGAAAAUACAAAAAUUAGCCAGGCGUGGUGGCGGGUACCUGUAGUCCCAGCUACUUAGGACGCUGAAGCACAAGAAUCACUUGAACCCAGGAGGCAGAGGUUGCAGUGAGCUAAGAUCACACCACUGGCACUCCAGACUGGGUAACAGAGCAAGACUCCAUCUCAAAAAAUAAAUAAAUAAAUAAAAGCAUGAUUUCUGUUAAGACUAGGGAGUGUCCAUAAGGAGAUCUUUACCUCCUUGAGGAUUAAAGCCCAACAGUACUGAGCUAUUUGUCUGUCAAAAUGUCUGCAAAAUUGGGAAAGUCAUCAUCACUCCUAACACAAACUUCAGAGGAGUGUAAUGGGAUUCUGACAGUGAAGAUGGAAGAGGAAAAACAGACCUGUGAUCUGGACUCUAACCUCCACUGGAGCAGCAGCUACAGCCCAGAGACCUUCUGCCAGCAGUUCAGGCAGUUUGGCUACCAGGAUUCACCUCGGCCCCGGGAGGCUCUGAGCUGGCUCCAGGAACUUUGUCAUCUCUGGCUGAGGCCAGAGGUGCACACCAAGGAGCUGCUGGUGCUGGAGCAGUUGGCCAUCCUCCCAAAAGAGCUACAGGCCUGGGUGCAGAAGCAUCAUCCAGAGAAUGGAGAGGAAGCUAUGACUAUGCUGGAGGAUGUGGAGAGAGAGUUUGAUGGACCAGAGCAGGUUUUUUUUGGACAAAGGAAGGACAUGAUUGCAGAGAAGCUAGCACAUUCAGAAAUCACUGAGGAAUUGCCAAGUAGCCAGCUCAUGCCCAUGAAGAAGUAGCUCCAGAGAGCAUGAUGGGAGCUUCAGUCCUUAAGACCGCAUGAUGAGGGGGCAGGAUUCAUUGAAGACAUCGAAACUACAAAUGUGAAAUCCGCAGCAAGGCAGAAGACUUCUUUAGGCAAAGAACUGCAUUGCAAUGUCUCUAACAUCCUUUAUAUCAGUGCCUCCCAGAGUUCCACAUAUAGAGCAACCUAUGAACAGGACGGUAGGCUUGAAAGGAGACAAGGAAACCCUUCUCGGAAAAAACAACACAAAUGUAAUGAAUGUGGCAAAAUCUUUAGUCAGAGCUCAGCCCUUUUUUUACAUCAGAGAAUCCACAGUGGAGAGAAACCUUAUGCAUGUGACGAGUGUGCAGAGUCAUUCAGCCGAAGCACGAUUCUGAUUCAGCAUCAACGAACCCAUACUGAUUCAAACUGUGAACAUAGGAUUGCAGAGGCCCAAAAUAAUAUGUACUUCAAGACUAGGCUGAAGUGUCCCAGGUCACUUUCAGGAGGCAGAUAA